AUGCGGCAAUAUGCGCCCGAAAUGCACGAAACGCGUGAAAUGCAUGACAUCAUGUUCCCAAUCUGCAGUAUUGACCCGAUACGGCCAGUCGAAAGGGGAGUCAUAGUGGUGCACUUUGAAGCCAACGCUGCGGCAGCCUUAUGCGGAACGCGGUUGUUGGCACAUGUGCCAAAGCUGGCAUGGCCAGUGUCUACACCUUGUGAACUGCCAGCCCCUUCUGCAAAUCAGGACCAGGCUGCUCACAAGAGUUUAAACACAGUAUCAGGGGUGCAGGGGGUCUCAGGGGGUCAGACACACUCAUGGGAUCAUCUGCAGAAGGCGUACAGUCAAGAUGCAUAA